GCACAUUACACGUCGUGCAUCAUGGCGGCGCCCCACUCCACCAUGAAAUUCUGGAAACCCGGAUCAGAGGCCCCCGGUGUGUGUGAGGAGAGAGAUCUGUCCACUGAGACCACCGGCUCACCCAUCAUCUUUAACCCUCACACCGCUCUCUCUAUAGAGAAACAGAGACAGAGUCUGCCAGUGUUUAAGCACAGAAACAACAUCCUGUAUCUGGUGGAGAGUUUCCAGACUGUGGUGAUUGUUGGAGAAACGGGAUCUGGAAAAAGCACACAGAUCCCGCAGUACUUGUUGGAGGCGGGAUGGGCGGCUGAAGGGAAGGUGAUUGGUGUCAGUCAACCUCGGCGGGUGGCCGCUACAUCUGUGGCCAGUCGUGUUGCAGAGGAGCGCGGGGCGUUUCUGGGGCACGAGGUGGGCUACACCAUCAGAUUUGAUGACUGUUCUGACCCUCACGCCACACGCAUAAAGUUUCUGACAGAUGGGAUGUUGGUUCGGGAGAUGAUGUCUGACCCACUGUUAAAGAAAUACAGUGUGUUAAUGCUGGAUGAAGCUCAUGAAAGAACGCUUUACACGGACAUCGCAAUCGGCUUGCUGAAGAAGAUUCAGAAGAAGCGGAGAGACCUGCGUCUAAUUGUAGCCUCGGCCACACUGGAUGCCAAGAAAUUUCAAGAUUUCUUCAACCUGAAUGAGUCUGGAGACCCAAGUAAAGACACCUGCGGGAUUCUUACCAUUGAGGGCCGAACGUUCCCUGUGGAUCUCUUCUACACUGUCAGUCCAGUCCCAGACUAUGUGAAGGCCACGGUGGAAACAGUGCUGAAGAUUCACGAGACAGAAGAUGAUGGUGAUGUGUUGGCGUUUCUCACAGGACAGGAGGAGGUGGAGAAUGUGGUGUCUAUGCUCCAGGAACAGGCUCGAACUCUGUCCCGCUAUGGUAUGAAGAAGCAUCUGUGUGUGCUGCCCAUGUACGCCGGUCUGCCCUAUAAUGAACAGAUGAGAGUGUUUGAGAGGAUGCCCCCUACUGUCAGAAAGGUGGUGGUUGCUACCAAUAUAGCUGAAACGUCCAUCACCAUUAAUGGCGUGGUGUUUGUGAUCGACUGUGCGUUUGUGAAGCUGAGAGCGUAUAACCCUUGUACAGCGAUAGAGUCACUGAUCAUAACGCCCAUCUCUAAAGCCUCUGCAUGUCAGAGAGCGGGAAGAGCUGGACGCAACCGCGCAGGGAAGUGUUUCAGACUCUAUACAGAGGAGGACUUUGAGAAGUUGCCUGCAUCUACAGUUCCAGAGAUGCAGCGCUCUAAUCUGGCUCCUGUCAUUCUGCAGCUCAAAGCACUGGGCAUCGACAAUGUUUUGCGAUUCAGCUUCCUGUCUCCUCCACCCGCUCAGUCUAUGGUUCAAGCUCUGGAGCUGCUCUUCGCUCUUGGCGGUCUAGAUCAGUACGGGCGUCUGACUGACCCGAUGGGCGUGCGUAUGGCAGAGUUUCCCCUCAGUCCCAUGUUUGCAAAGAUGCUGCUGGAAUCUGGAAACUUCGGCUGCUCCAAAGAGAUUGUCACCAUAGCGGCCAUGAUGCAAAUUCAGAACAUAUUUAUGGUGCCGCACAGUCAGAAGAAAGCAACUGCACGUGAGCACAGGAAGUUUGCCGUGGCUGAGGGCGAUCAUUUGACCAUGCUGAACGUUUAUGAGGCUUUUAUAAAGCAUCAGAAGAGCUCUCAAUGGUGUCAGGAUCAUUUCCUGAACUAUAAAGGUCUCUUGCGUGCCGUGACUGUACGAGAACAGCUGAGACACCUCCUCAAUAAGUUUAAGGUGCCUCGAACGUCCAGUGAAGGUGACCCGGAUGUGAUUCUCAGAUGUAUUGUGUCAGGAUUUUUUGCCAAUGCUGCUCGUAUGCAUCACUCUGGCUCCUACAGGACCCUACGAGAUGACAGAGAACUGUACAUUCACCCUGAUUCUGUACUGUAUGGAGAAAAGCCCCCAAAAUGGGUGGUUUUCAAUGAGGUGGUUCAGACCAGUAAGUACUACAUGAGGGACGUGACGGCGGUCGAGUCAUCCUGGUUGGUAGAGUUGGCCCCUCACUUUUACAAACAGGCCAAGCACGGGUCUCUGAACAGCAAACGGGCCAAAGUCUUCUAAGCUGACCUUCAACACCAAAAACGAGGCGCCCUCAAUAUUCCUUAGACAAAAGCUUAGACACAACUUUACUACACAUCCAGAUUUUGAGCCCGAAAAAUAGGAAAAACACUGUGUUACCUUUUGUAGAUAUAGAUGUAUGAUAUAUUUAUGCUGUCAAGGCCAUCUUUUUAUUUAGUGAAGCUGGACAGACAUUGAAGUAAUUCAACUGUGAUUUUAUUGUUUACUGUUUGAGAGUGACAAGUGAAUAUGAGAUAACUAUAUAUGGAAUGGUUAGGGUUAGGUUGGGUUGGGUUGGGUUAGGGUUUGGUUAGGUUAGGUUAGGUUAGGGUUAGGUUGGUUAGUUUAGGUUGGGUUGGGUUAGGGUUUGGUUGUGUUAAUUUUGGUUGGGUUAGGUUGGGUAAGGUUAGGUUGGGUUAGGUAGGGUUAGUUUAGGUUGGGUUAGGGUUUGGUUGGGUUAGGUUAGGUUAGCUUGGGUUAGUUUAGGUUGGGUUGGGUUAGUUUAGUUUAGGUUGGGUUAGUUUAGGUUGGGUUCAGUUGGGUUGGGUUAGUUUAGGUUGGGUUAGGUUAGGUUGGGUUAGAGUUUGGUUGGGUUAAUUUUGGUUAGCUUGGGUUAGUUUGGGUUGGGUUAGUUUAGUUUGGGUUGGGUUAGUUUAGGUUAGGUUGGGUUAGUUUGGGUUGGGUUAAGUUAGGUUGGGUUAGUUUAGCUUGGGUUAGUUUAGGUUAGGUUGGGAUAGUUUAGGUUGGGUUAGUUUAGGUUAGUUUAGGUUAUGUUGAGUUAUUUUUGGCUGGGUUGGGUUAGUUUAGGUUAGGUUGGGUAAGGUUGGGUUAGUUUAGGCUGGGUUGGGUUAGAUUAGAUUAGGUUGGGUAAGGUUAGGUUGGGUUGGGUUAGUUUAGGUUGGGUAAGGUUAGGUUGGGUUAGGCUGCUUUAAGUUAAUUUAGGUUGAGCUGGUUUAGGUUGGGUUAGUUUAGGUCAGGUUGUGUUAGCUUAGGUUGGGUUGGGUUGUGUUAUGUUGGGUUAUGGUUAUAAUUGAUGGACAGGUUGUAAAGCUUUACAACGUUGCACGAUUCCCUACUCUCAAUAAAAUCCAUAUUAAUAACCAAUAUUACUAUAAUAAGCUAUUUUUUACAAAUGAUUUCAAAUCCUCAUCGGAAAAAUACUGUGUAGAUCGAUCGUAGUGGCCUUUUUACCAUUUUGUGCCAAAUAUUACGAAACCAUAGAUCAUUUCCUGGUAUUUAUGGAAUGUGCAAUUAGUCGUAGUUAUACUGUGAGCAUGCGACAAAAAGUGCCAUUUUUAUAUUUGUAUAAGUAAAAAUGAGCCUCGUUGUUCACCUAUAGCUUCAAAAACUGUUAUUAGGUGUAAUUCGUCAUAGUUUCAUACUGUCACUUCCUAAGGAAUAACCAGCCAUGACUAGUUGUUUGAUAAGAUGAGAGUAAAUAGCACAGUGAAAGACACGCCUCAGGGAGGAGCUUAUUUCAUAAUUAAUUGGACUGGGGUGCCAAUCAUGUGAGUGAAGGCGGAGCCUCUAUCUUGUCAACAUGAAUGUGAUGUUCUUUAAACUUGGAAGCAGCUAUUGAGCCUUUUUCCUUUGUAUUUCAUUGCUGAUUUCACUUUACUGUGGUUUUUUUGUCCCCUAACACACUUUAUUCUCUCCAAAAUGAAUUUUAAAGUUGUUAAAGUAUACAAAAUAUACUUUCAAGGUAAGAUUUAUAACUGUAUUGCCAAAUCUCUCUAUGGUAAUGUACACAGUUAUAUAUGUUGUCAAUUCAGUAUUCUGGAGUAGUGUAGAUCUAACUUGUAUUCAGCUGUCCUGUUUCACAGUCAAAUUAGCUGAAAAUAAAACCAGUUUAAACAUAGCAUGAUCAACAGUGUCUUUAAAUAUGGAAAAUCUCAAGUAGUUUCACAUCAGUGCAGUAAUUUGAAUCAGUCAUAUAUUAUGUGUGCAAAGUGCAAUCUAAUUUCUGUCCAAAUGUCCCAUUCCAAAGCAGCAUAUAGUAAAUGUAUUUGUUUGUAGUAAAUAAUUGUGUUUAUUCCUUAUUGUGGUGAAUUUUAAAGGAAAUAAAGAAACAAUUUAAAAGACAGUAAAUGUUAAUUGGUUGUUUGUACUGAACUGUGUGUGGUCUUUGCAUUUGAUGGUGUAACUCAUUGCUGACUUAGGAAACUGAAACUGAAAUUUGUCAAAUCUUUUCUGAGCCAUUUUUGCAAAGACUUUUAACCAACUGAUGCUAUUGUGUUGCUAGAAUACAGUGCCAGAUUAAAUAUAUGAUUCUUCAUGUUGCGAAUUUUUUAUUAAAGGACAGAAUACUCAAUUAAACCAACAAACAUGGUAACAGACAUCAUUACAAUUUCAGUGUAAUGCUUAAAAAAUUCAGUAAUGUCUGAUGUUGACCAGGAUGUGUCAGUGUUGGCAUAAUAAUGUAUAAUUAGUCAUAAUCAAAUGCUUUUUCUACCGGUCUCUCUCUCUCUCUCUCUCUCUCUAUUAUUUAUGUAAGUAACUCAGUAAGAUAACAAAUAGGACAACAAAUCCAUUUUGAGUCAUUAAUUGUGUUGUUUUAGGCAUUUAUCUUUAAAAUGUGUCAUUUGGGCUUGACGGACUUUUAUAAAUAUUAAAUAUAAAAAUGUUUUACUGGAUAUGGUAGUUAAGAUAACUACCUGUAAACCAAUUAACGGUCUUUUACUGUCACGUUUUUACAUUCUUUUACCGUUAAAAUUAACAGUGUUUAACAUUUAACAAUUUUAUUACCAUGUACAGUUAUUAACACGUCUAUUGAAUCUUUAAACAUUUGCAAAUGUAAAAGUAUUUUAGUGAAUAAAUGUUGUGAAAUACAUUGUGUAUUCAGUCUUACAUUCACAUACAUAACUGUUCUUAUAUACUUUCACUCUUGUAUCAAGACCAUACCAUAACUGUAAUUAUACAGUAACUGUUCUGAUUAUAUUUUAUGUUGUAUAGAUAUGAGCAUUUGUGAUAGAUGGCUAUCCGUUAACAUUAGUUAAUUCAUUAU